AUGGAGGGAAUACUAUAUAAGUGGACCAAUUAUAUAAGUGGUUGGCAGCCUCGCUGGUUUGUGCUUGAUGGAAGCACUCUGUCCUACUAUGACUCUCAAGAAGAUGCCUGGAAAGGAUGCAAGGGCAGCAUUAAAAUUUCAGUUUGUGAAAUCCAAGUUCAUUCCUCUGACUCAACAAGAGUUGACCUGACCAUACCCGGAGAGCAAUACUUUUACCUCAGAGCCAUCAAUGCAGCAGAGAGGCAGAAAUGGUUGGUGGCCCUGGGAACAGCUAAGGCCUGCCUCACUGACAAUCGGACAAAGAGAGAGAAAGAGCUCCAGGAGAACACUGAGGCACUGAAAACUAAGAUGUCUGAACUUAGAUUGUACUGUGACCUCCUCCUCCAACAAGUAAACAAGAUCAAGGAGAAUGAUGACCUAGGGGACACUGAGACAGGCAUAGACACUGGAAACAUGGUGAAGUCAACAUGCACCACUUUCCUGAAGACAUUAGAGGAGUGCAUGCAGAUAGCGAAUCGUACUUUCAGCACGGAUAUGGUAACACAGAGCCCACCAGGAUCUCCCCCUGUAGCAGCCAUCAAACCUCAAAAGAUCAAACCUGUCAAUCAGUUAAGUCAGAACCUUGGAGAAAAGUGGAGAGAAACGGGUGAAAUUUCAGGAGAAACAAUAGCACAUGACAACCAGAUCCUGGACGCUGGAGCACAGGGACCAGAUGAACCUGACGGACCAGAAACCCAACCACCUGUAACAGAGAAUGAUACAACAAAUAGCAGCAGCUCAGUCCCUGAGGAGGUGGUUGAUUGUUCACCCCUCACUACCCAGAAUAAUUCUGAGACUGAACACUAUGAAGUACCAGCAGAGGAUUUGGAGGAGAGUGAUGCUGAUGCUGAAGAGGAAACAAAAGAGCAAAAGCACAAAUUGGACCAAAGCCAAGAACACAGCAAAGAGGAAGUGAACUCUGUCGAGCCACAGCACCAGCAGGAAGCUGUUCCUGAGCAAGAUGAGGCUCAGCUCGAAGACCAGCCUUCCCAGGAUUCAGUGCAGCCAGAAGAGACAGAGCAGGUGGAAACAUUCUUCAGCACAAUGAGUCACAGAUUUAGUGAUAUAAGACUGGACGGCGACAAUGGUAUCCCUACACAAGAUUUUUUGGACUCAUGCUAUGCAAUAGUGCCUGUAUUAGACAAGCUGGGGUCCACAGUGUUUGCACCAGUUAAAAUGGAUUUUGUAGGAAAUAUCAAGAAAAUUCACCAGAAGCUGUUGUCGGACCCUAAGAACUUCCCCACGCUGCAGUCCAUAGUGCUUCACGAGGUCCGCACAGACGUUGCCCAAGUGCGAAACUCAGCCACCGAGGCUCUGCUGUGGCUCAGAAGAGGCCUCAAGUUCCUUAAGGAGUUCCUGUCAGAGGUCAAUGGAGGUGAACAAGACAUCCAGGGAGCCCUCAACACGGCUUAUGGAAAGACCCUUCGCCAGUACCAUGGAUGGGUUGUGAGAGGAGUAUUUGCUUUGGCGCUGAGAGCUGCCCCAUCUUAUCAAAGUUUCACUGCUGCCUUAGUGUCCAGAGAGGGCGACGAGCUGAAGGAUGGCUUCACCAGUGGCAUGCACAGGGACCUGGGUGUGUACCUGCCUGCUAUGCAGAAGCAGCUGGCCAUCCUAGAUGACCUGUACGAGGAAUACAACCUGGAGUCUGAUGAGGUGGUGUGAAACCUGGACACACUCACAGAGAGGAUCCCACUUUGAGGAGGGAGCAUGACCCUCGAGGCCAAGCAGUGGCUCACUGCUGAGGGAGAUUCUAGGUGCCAGGGUGCAUCUAGGGUACAAAUAAUGUAAGCAUGUCCAGUGUGAGGUGUUUGUAGUACUUAUUGCAUUCUACAGGCAGUAGAUGGUGUAGGUUUGAAGGUAUUUUCAGGUAUGAAAUGUCAAUUUUUAGGAGUCCUCGGGGGUAUAAAGCAAGUACUAACAAGUUAUCGAGGUUAUGGCUCAACAAAAUAAUAGUUUUCAGGUCUGGUUCGAAAGACUGUUAAGGGUUUUUCCAGCAUUGCGCCAAAUUAUGCAGACUCUAACCAUAAUGGGUCAUGCUGACAUUUGAUUUUGGUGCACAUUUUUGUCAUGGAAUUAUUGCGGCCUUUUAUGUACUGUAUGUUUUUAAGGUACAUAAAUAUAGGGUAGUUGGCUCCAGUAACCUCUGAGGAAACAUGGCAAUCCAAAUUGUUUCCUUGAACCUCUAAAACAGGGUGAUGCUUGUUACUAACAAAGUAUUUUGACAGAAUGUCAUAAUAUUAUUAGACCACCCAAUACUUGCCUUGGGUAUGUAAUGGAAUUGCAUAAUGGGUUAAUUUUUUUAGUAAAUUAAAUACAUUUUUGUAUCUUGCACUGACUGUUGAAGCUGUCUAUUGGGAUCCAUGAUCAAUACCGAGUUUGUCUCUCCAACCUCUCAAAUUUAAUUUAAACACCAUAGUGAGCA